AUGCUUAUGCUUCUGUAUUCCCAAUCCCACCUAAUAACCCAGAGAGCAAGAGAGAUGGCAUCCUUCUCCAAGCAGGCUACUGUCUUCUUGGUGGCAGCUCUGCUGCUGUGCCUCCUCUGCACAAGGGGGCAAGCGGCAAGGCCCGGACCGGUAUCCAGUGUCUACACGUCACAGGGUGCUAAAUCCGCCAUUGCCCAUGAGAAGAGAGCUGCGGGAACCCGGAUGGAAAUGGGCCAAGAGGACCAGGCGCUGGCAACGCGAGAGUGCGAGGGAGGGGAAGGAACGGAGGAGUGCCUCAUGAGGAGGACCCUCGUCGCUCACACCGACUACAUCUACACCCAAGGGAAGCACAACUAGUGAGACGAACUGCUGGCUGAUGCUUAAUUACAAAGGGCUUCGAGAACUGAAGGGCCCCCGCACCAUCAGGGUUACAUGAUCAAACAGGCACUAGUUAACAUGACAUUGUUCAUGAGCUUGUCGAUCUGUUCUAGCUAUAGUCCCAUCAGUCGUCUGUGAAUUAUAACUACAGUCGCCUCUUUGUCAUUUCCUUGUUCGAUCCCCUCCCGUCAAGUCAUGUAGUAUCUGUUCUAUGGACUUUUACAUCCGUAUUUAUCUAAUCUUCAGACAUACAGCGAAUACGGCUAAGUUAUAUGCUUCUUGUAUCUAUCUACUGAAUGCAUUCACGAAUAGAAUCAAGUAUGUGCUCA